GAAGGCGACUCAGUCUUGGUCGCUGCCGAGGUCAAGUAUGACCUCAAUACCGGAUCCGUUCAAUCGAAAUCCCACUGGAUGCAAUCAAUAUGGAUCACAACUGGUAACGCAGUCCAACCAGGCGUGGCUAAAUGAUGUAUUGGCAUCCAUGAUGAGGCAGGGACUCACCCAAAAGAAAAUGGUCCGAGACUUAGGUGACAUUCACAGUGUUUAUAUGAGCUUGUGGUGAGCGAUCCUUGUUCUGAUGCAUGUCGUGUCUAGGCAUUGCAACGGCCUGCCGGCCGGUUCAUACCAAGGAGGAAGUCGCACAGGCUAUUGUGGAGCUGGUUGAAGAAGAUGUGGUGUGCAGGUGGGGGCGGGCGCGCAUACACCAUAAGUUGAAACUGCACAAAGGUAUGCAUGAUGCGAAUAGUGGUUUCGUGCGACAAUACCUUGCAGCAUUGGACGCGGACAAUGUCCUGGCAAGAACGCCAGGUCAACAGCACCUUCAAAAGUCCUCCCUCUGGACAAUUGGACCCAGUGAGGAAUGGAGCGGAGAUGGUCACGACAAACUGGCACGAAUGGGGUUACCCAUUUGGGGUUUACGUGAUAAGGCGUCCUGGAGAUUGUUGGGCCUAUGGGUGGUACCCAAUUCCCACAUCCUCCAGGUUCCAGCAGUGUUGUUCUUACAAACUGUGCUUGCCGUUGGAGGUGUCCCGCUCAAGGUAACAUUAGAUCAAGGAUCCGAAGGCAGCCUUUUAGGGCAGUUACAGACGGAGCUCAGAGCCCAAUUUGCGCCCGACCUGGACCCCGUCGCACUACCCCCUUUUUCCCAAAUCAAGUCCGUCUACAACAUCACAAUCAAGCGGUCGUGGCGUUUGCUGUACGAAAACGAGCUGGCUCCAUCCUGGAGGGUUGGGAAAUUGGAAUACGCUCGGGUAUCUACCACGAAGCUAUCCCCAUGGAAAAAGUGGUCGCACAGUGGGUCUGGGCCAACCUGGUCCAACAGCGUUUGGACCAGUAUGUUUACGAACGCAACUCGGCGCAAAUUCGCAGGCAACACUCCCAACGAAUUUUGGUUCCAUCCCACAAACUGGGAUAUGCAGAAUUGGACGGUCCCUGUGCCUGCGCAGCAUGUCGAACGGCUUCUGCAAGACUACGCGUCCCCGCACCUGUGGCGUUUUGUCAGCGCAGAGGAUGAAGAACUGUGGGAGGUGUAUGCCAGGAUGCUGGAGAUGACGGCAAUUCCAUAG